CGGGCCCGCGGGGCCGCCUGCCCCAUGGCGCGGGAGCGGCCGCCCGGGAGGGGCUGCGGGGCCCUGCGGCGGUGCGUGCUCGGCGCCGCGCUGCUGCUCGGCCUGCGGCUGUGCGCGGAGCUGCGGCCCCCCCGCGCCCCGGCGCCCGCGCCCCGGCCGCCCCCGCCCCCGCCGCCGCCCCCGCCGCCCGCGCCCGGCCCGGCCCGCGGCGCCAGCAGGAGGCAGGUGACCUACGUGCGCAGCGGGCGCCGAGCGCCCACCGAGGCCGGCGGGAGCGGGACGCCGGAGCCGGGCUGCUGCGCCCCCCGCGGGCGCCCCCGCCGGAAGGGUCCCCGGUGGCAUAUAGAUCUCCAGCCGUGGGCAGGCCCUGCUCAAUCCCUGGAUGAAGAAGUCUUGAGGUUCCUGAGAUACAUCAGCACCCCCCAGAUUGCAUGCAGUCACAUGAGCACAGACAGCCUAGCUACUGACUCCAGCCCUGCAAAGAAGCCCUGGUCAGUCUGUCUUGAUGACAGGUUUGGCUUAGCUCAUCAAAUCCGCAACAAGCAAUGCCGCCUCUACUCUUUAGGGCUAGGGAGUGAGGAUACCCAAUUUGAGGUUAGCAUGGCCAACAGUGGAUGUGAAGUACAUCGUUUUGAUCCUAGUGUUAAGUCGGCUCAUAUUCUGGAGAGUCAGCGCCUGUGGUAUCACCGCUUGUCCAUCGACUGGCGGGACCCUCAUCCAGCUGUUGCUGCCCAAAAACCGCACAGCAACACCAGAAAGCUGGGAACCAUCCUGAAUGAAUUUGGGCAUCACAAGAUUGAUGUUCUCAAAGCAGAUCUGGAAAGCGCAGAAUGGAAAGUCUUAGAAAAUCUCAUUCUGGAAGAUGUCCUUGAACAAAUUGGACAGCUCACCUUUGAGAUUCAUCUCCACUGGCCCGGGUUUGAGGUCAGUGGCGGUGACAGCAGUGUCGUGCGGUUCUGGUACAGCCUCCUCAAAGAAUUAGAACUAAAGGGUUUCAGACUUUUUCAUAGUUACAAAGAUUUAUCUAAACCCCAGCUCUUCCUGAAGAAAGACAUUUUCAACGCAAGUAGCUGUUAUACUCUGAGUUGGGUAAAUACAAGAUGGAACUAGGAUGCAGGACGUCAUCCAGACCUCAAGGAAACAAUUGGAGAAUAAGGCACGUCCGGCUUUCUAAUUGUCGCUGCACUUGUCCAGUCUCCCGCUAGCCUGUUACCAGCUCGAGGUGGGGACCGUGUCAUUGCCUUUGUAGUGCGAAUAGCCUGGCACCUGCCCCGUGGGAGGGGCCUAGUGAGCACUUGUGGAAGGGAUGGACGCAGGAGGGCCCCAGGAGCCAACCUCCAUCUGCCCGAAUCCCAGGCCUUCUGUUUGCCUCCGACACAGCGGGGAUGCUCGUCCUCCUUUGUUUAACUUGGAAGAUAACCCUCCCACUUACCUGUUUUCCCUAAAACUCAGUAUGUAUCUAAAAUCCGUGAAAAAUUUCACCAACGUGAAAAAGAAAUUACAUCCAUUUUCCGUUUUU